UACACAGGAUGUGCUGCUCAGCUCUUUUUUUUUGCUUUUUUCAUGUCAGCAGAGCUUUCCCUCCUGACCAUCAUGUGCUAUGACCGCUACGUGUCCAUCUGCAAACCCCUGCACUACGGGACCCUCCUGGGCAGCAGAGCUUGUGCCCACAUGGCAGCAGCUGCCUGGGCCAGUGGUUUUCUCUUUUCACUGCUGCACACAGUCAAUACAUUUUCCCUGCCCAUGUGCCAUGGGAAUGUCCUGGGCCAGUUCUUCUGUGAAAUCCCACAGAUCCUCAAGCUCUCCUGUGCUAAAACCUUUCUCAGAGAACUUGGGCUUCUUGCAGUGUGUGCCUGUUUAGGACUUGGAUGUUUUGUGUUCAUUGUUUUCUCCUAUGUGCAGAUCUUCAGGGCCGUGCUGAGGAUCCCCUCUGAGCAGGGACGGCACAAAGCCUUUUCCACCUGCCUCCCUCACCUGGCCGUGGUCACCCUGUUCAUCAGCACCUCAUUUUUUACCUACCUAAAGCCCCCCUCCAUGUCCUCUGCAUCCCUGGAUCUGUCAGUGUCAGUUCUGUACUCAGUGGUGCCUCCAGCCCUGAACCCCCUCAUCUACAGCCUGAGGAACCAGGAGCUCAAGGCCGCAAGCUCCGAGGGCCCCCUGAAGUGGCUCCUGUUCCACCGGCCGGUGCCCCCUGAUCCAGGACGGCUCCACUGA